AUGCCUUGCAUCAAAAACAAGGAAUCCCGCAUGGUGGUAGCAGCCCCUGAUGAUGAGUCAAUUUUGGAAUAUUUCACCCAAAAUUUGCCUAAUUCAGCAAUUGCAAAACACAGAAAAGGACGAAAACCAGUAGGCAUUAUUGAUGAACCUGAUACCACAGAUAAAACUGAAGACAAUUAUAAAAGCAUUCUAGACCAUGCCUCUCAGUCCAUAAUCAUGAUGGAAGUCUCAUCCUAUGAGUGUGAUUUUCCAUCAAGUUGCUGUGAGCAAAUGUUCAAUAAAAUCUUGAAUGAGGAAGUUAUUGAAACAAUUUCCCUAUGUCAAAGCUCCCCUGAAUGGCAUAAGGCCAGAAAAUUCAGGAUUACUGGUUCAAGAUGCUACGAAAUCUUUACGUACGGUGGAACUGAUUGGGAAAUGAAAAGCAAGAAAUAUUUUUGGCCGAAAAGCAUCACAAAUAAAUUUAUCAGACAUGGGUUGAAAUUUGAGAAUAUGGCUAGAGCAUCAUUCAUUACUAAAACAGGUGAAACAGUGGUGGAAUGUGGGAUGAUUACUUCCUCUGGAAAUAAAUGGUUGGGGUUUUCACCAGAUGGUAUAGUCUUGAAUAAUGGGCAACCCACAGCACUCUUGGAGAUAAAAUGUUUGUAA